AUGGUUAAAUUGUUUGGCGUUAAAAGAAUUCCGUAGAAAACAGUAUUUAAUAUUGGCAGAUUUGGAUUCGUUAUUACUUUUAUGGUCUUAGGGUUCUUUAUUAUUACUAAUACAAUAGAUAAAUAAGAUGACCUAAAGUCAUACUUUAAUUUCUGGCAAGCAAUAUGGCCAAGUUCUUAGUACGAUCAAAUGAGCAGAAGUGAUGCGCUAAGAAUUUUCUAUCAAUAAUCAAUGUUUGAUACUUAAAGAUUCAUUACUGCUACUUUGUUAGUUGUGGCGGGAGGUCUCAUUCUAGCAGAGAAUUCAAUAGGAUCAAUCUUGGGUAUAAUUACUGUAUUAUACUAUUCCUUGAUCCACGUGAAUCCUUGGGUCAAGGAUGAUUAAUCAUCAUAAUAAUAAAGUUGGGUUCUCUUGAUAAAGCAUGCAGCUUUAAUUGGAGCAAUAAUGAUUGUUAUGACUAGAGGUAAAAUAUAAAAAGACGGAGAAAAGGUUGGAGUAAAGCUAUUUAAGUCGAAAGCUGAAAUAGCUAAUGAACAAUACAAAAGAAGACUCAAAUAAUAUUGA